AUGGACAGUAAAAUGGCUGUUCAUGUUGUUGAGUCCUGCUGGGAGCUGUGCGUGCUGUGUUUGCAGGUUGCCCAUGUGGGUGGCCAAGAGGAUGGAGGCCAUGAGGGCUGUGUACCUGGCUUCCAGGUCAAACACUACCAGGUGGCGUACAGCGGAGCUUUCCAGAAGGGCCAGGCGCUCAUACAAGUCGAGUUUGAUGACUGCGCGGGGAAUGAGGACGUGAAGUUUGAGGUGUCGGACCCCAACUUCCACGUCAAUGAAGACCUGAAUCUGGUCCCUCAGCGAGAUGUCCUGUACAGCCGGCCUAUCCUGUUCGUCCACGGGCUGAGUGCACAUGCAGACGACGUGGCACAGGUGGACGUCACUGGACUGCCAGUUCAGUCGCCGCACACUCUCAGGCUGGCGGACUAUAUCUUUGCCAGAGGCAGUAACUUCCUGGAGCCUCCACUGGGAGACACUCAACCAAGAGAAGCAUCUGCGCCCAGCCAAGGAACAAUUUAA